AUGAUUAUUGAUGUUAUCUUGGAAAGAUUCACUUGUGUCUCUGCCCCGGCAGCGCUGGCCCUACUGGUCAGCUCUACUGUAGCAUUAUGGAUGAUGACACUAUUCUACUCUUAUUACUUUCAUCCAUAUGCCGACAUCCCAGGCCCCUUUUGGGCCAAGCUAUCUCGGUUUUGGCUUGUGCGCCAGGUCCUUCGAGGCGAUAUUCACAACACUCAGAGGGCUCGACACGAGAAAUAUGGACCUAUUGUGCGCAUGGCGCCCGACGAAGUCUCCAUUUCCGACCCGGCGGCACUCAAGCGGGAUGAAAAGAUCCAUGCCCAGCGCCGCCGAUUUGUCAACAAUCUAUAUUCACUGAGUAGUAUCCUGGAGUCAGAGUCAUACGUCGAUGCUUGCAUCAUGACUUUCAAGGCUCGCCUUGAGGAGUUUGUGGUUCAAAGCGAUUCCUUUGACCUUGGGCUGUGGCUUCAAAUGUUUGCUUUUGAUGUCAUCGGCGAAUUGUUCGACGGAAAGCAGUUUGGAUUCAUGGAGGACCGUCAUGACUAUCAAGGCUAUAUCAAGACGUUGGAUACACUCCUCCCAGCAGUAGCUACUUCCUGUGUCCUCCCCUUUUACUUGCGUCCCCUCCAGGUCUUGGGCCACUUGAUUUCGCCACUCCACAAGGCUCUGAAGGGCUACGAUGAUAUAGUGGUUGCCGCAAAGGAGACAGUGGCUCGCCGUCAACGCCAGGUCGAUAAGGGUACUGUCGAAAGGCUAGUACAGAACCGACCAUCCGACCUUUUGGAUAAGCUAUUCAAUAUCGCAGGUUCAAAAGACGACUUUACUCUGGCCGACGUGGCAACCGAGGCGUGGGUGUCUCUAUUUGCAGGCUCAGACACGACUGCGAUCGCAAUGCGUGCUAUUCUGUUCCACAUAAUCAGAAGCCCAAAGGUAUACGAGAGAUUGUUAGCAGAGAUUGACCAGGCUUCUGCCCAGGGACUAUUAAGCAACCCUGCCAAUUACUCCGAGGCUAUCAAGCUACCUUACUUCAUCGCUUGCUGCAAAGAAGGAUUUCGUGUUCACCCAAGCGUUGGUAUGUCCAUGCCUCGCCAUGUUCCACCCGCUGGAGUCAACAUCGCCGGGCGGUACUUUCCAGGCGGCAGUCGUGUUGGCAUGAGUGCGCACGUCGUACACUUUGACAAGGGCAUUUUAGGAUGCCGACUGCUACAACCCUGA